AAAUGAUAUGAGGUAGAGCCCCACUCCGAGGAGGAAGAAUAAACAAUGUUGCUUGGAAGACGGAGGACCGCCCGUUUUUGUACAUACGGUGGUGUGCUGGUGACUGUCUUCUUCCUAUUCAUUUUGCUCCAAGUUCUGGUUUCACGAGACGAGGACUUGAAUCACUUUGUGUCCGUUGGCAGUUCUAGAACAUUUGCUUCUGACGCGGAACUUUCCGUUCUGGAUUACCCAGCUGGUGAUCAGAGGUUGAUCAACUAUGUCCGCGACAUUCUAAUUAAGCCUUAUCAUCGGACAGCACCAGGGGAGCAAUAUAACUUCACAGAGAAUAAACCCAAUUCAGACUAUUCUAGAGGACAAAGCAAGAUAAUUGAUGAACAUCUUAUGAAAAAGAAUUUCGGCUUUUAUGUUGAUGUUGGUGCUGGAAAUGGGAGAAAGUCAAUCUGUCACCUUAUUUUUCGAGAAAGAGAGAAACUAUAACGGCCUCCUGAUAGAGCCAUACCCAGGUCGAUAUCAAACCCUACUGACAAAACACAGAAAGGCACAUACAUUACAAGCAUGUCUGAGGACAAAUAGGACGGGUAGUCUUAAGGAGUACCUCGCUGUCAAACAAAGACAAUCCUCCAUCGUCCCCUGUCUCUGGAUGGAAACCAUACUUGCUGCGACGGAACAGAAGGUUAUUGACAUCCUCAGCAUUAACGUUCGAGAAGAGGAAUUGGAUAUAAUUCACGCCAUUCCGUUUGACAAAGUCGACAUUAGAGUGGUUUCCAUUGAGUUUUCACAUAACAGUGGCGCUUAUGUAGAUGCAAUAAAAUUCAUGUCAAACAUUAACUAUGUAGCUCUUCAUCAAUUUGUAUAUCACCCAUGGAAUAAAGUCGACUUUGUUUUUGCGAAAAAUUCAAAAGUGAAAAAAAGUUAAUGAUCUUUACAGAUGUAUAAUAAUUAUGAUACAUGUAGUUACUUGUCAGGCAUAUAUGUUUAACCGAUUGUUUACAUUGUUCAAUAGACUGAUGCUUAUGUAAAAGCAUUGAAUAUAUAUAGAGAAUACAUGGUCAGUGUCUUAAAAUAUACGCUGUAUUUUUGGCUCGGGACAGAAAGGCAAAAGUGGCUCGCCGUAUCCUGC